UAUUGAGUUACGCAAGCAGCAAUUGUGCAUUCUUAUCAAGUUUUUUGAAUUUUCAAUAAAAUUUUAUAAAAAAAUGUUACGCUUUGUAGGAAAACAAAUAAAUAACACCUUAAGAAAUUCUUUAAUUCCAUAUAAUACGGUUAUAAGACAAAAUAUUCGUGCUUCACAUGAUGGACCGCAAGAAACUGAAGAAGAAUUUAACAAACAGUAUGUGACUUAUCUGAAUCGUACAAAUCUUGAUCAUUGGGAAUUUCGUCAAGCUAUGAAUAAAUUAGCGGCUAUGGAUCUUGUACCUGAUCCAAGUAUCAUAUGUGCAGCAUUAAGAGCUUGCAGACGAUUAAAUGAUUUUGCUCUUGCUAUCAGGGUUUUGGAGAUGGUAAAGGAUAAAUGUGGAUCUAAGGUUAAAGAAAUUUAUCCUUACAUAUUACAAGAAAUCAAACCUACUUUAGAUGAAUUAGGUAUUAAUACAAUAGAAGAACUUGGUUAUGAUAAACCUGAAUUAGCACUUCAAUCAAUUGAUGAUAUACAUUAAUUAAGUUAUUUACUUAAAUUUGAUAAACAUAGUAUCUAUGCAUAGAGGUGCUUCAUGUUAGACCUUUUCAUAAAUAAACAAAAAGUCACUUUUCGAAUUAGAAUAAAAUAAUAUUU